CCCAUUUGCAACUCAAUUGAAGCGGGCUUUAAUUUCAAAACCCUAACUUUCCCUUCAGAGUUUUGUCAUUUUUCCUCGCUGAGUAGAAGCCAUUCGUUAACUUUGGGUUGCAGCCAGCCAUGAAGGUGUUCAACAUUAGUAAUGGAAACACUCUCUCUGUUUCACUCUUCACUGAAGUCACCAACACCAAGGAACUCUUAGAUUCUAUGCAAGCUGGGACACUGGAACCAGAAGUUGCAUUUCUCAAUGCAUUGCUUAUCCCAGAUGUUUUCCCCCUUCUGGCAGCUGCACAUAAGACACUUAUUGCCAAGUCGCGGGAAUCCUUGACAACACGCACUCUUCAUUCCGAGCUUGUUUACAAUUACUCAGGAUCUAAGCAUAUUACAGAAUCCUUGAAAAGAUGUGGCAUCUCUGACAGCUCAACUUACGUCCUUGCUGCUCGUUUUAAUGCUUCUCCUGAUGAGAUGAAAGCUGUGGAGAAACUAGUCAAUGGGAAGGAAAUUGGUUUGGAAGAGCUAGAAGGGAAAGCAGAUCAAGCCCAGAUAAAAAAGCACUACAAAAUAUCUGGCCCAGAACUGGAGAUAUCCUCACUCACAGAUGCUAUUACAUGCCGGAUUGCCGCUCGCGAUGCCUUGUGAUAAAGGACAGGCAUCCUCCUAUUUCCAUGUUUUUUUUGCUUUCCUUAUUAUGCCCAUCAUCGCUUCGUGCUUUCUCCAUCAUUAAUCAUUCUACAAAUUGAAGUCAUAAUCUUGGGGUUCUGAUUUAGUCUUGGCAUUUUUAUCAUAGUGCCAAUAAGGUUAUCGAGGGAAGAAACUCUAGUGAAGAUGUGUGUAGUAGCACCUGAAUUAUAAUCAGAUUAUUCAUAGCAUAAAAUUAGAAACAAUUAGUAUGUAAUUUUGAGUCAGCUAUUCCUUGAGCUUAAUGUGAACAUAAUAUGAUGUAUGACAUUUAAUAUAAUAUUGUUGGCUUCUUAUAAAAUGUUUCAAAG